CGCAGGAACCCCCGCCAUGGCCCGCUCUUACGGCGGCCGGGUGCUGGCCGCAAUGACCCUGCUGGGCAUCGCGGCGGCCGUGCUGGCGGCGAUGGGCGCACAACUGCUGUUCCAGCUGCAGGCGGGCCGCGCCGAGCUGCGGGGGCUGCGCGCCGAGGGGCUGGGCCAGGAGCUGGACGCCGGCCCCGGGCUGCCCGAGGACGCUGCCGGGGCGCUGCUGCCUCUCGCCGCCGCGCUGGCCGCGCUGGUGCUCGUGCUGGGGUUCACCUGCUUGCUGCUCGCCGCCCUCUGUGGCCACCUGGGCGCCGAGCUGGCGCGGGGGCCUGGCCCCAGGAGGUCUGACUGGUUUCUCUACGACUGCCGCCUCCUCAGACACGUGGCCCUUGGCCUUUUCUGCUGUGGGAUCUCCGUCUACUUAGCAGCACUGUCCAUCUAUGCCUUGCUACUUUUCGAGAUCGAGACAGGCGCAGCAGCCGCUUCCAUCCUCGGCUCAGGCGCCCUGGUUCUGGUGGCUGUGCUGACCCACACUCUCCUCCGGGCUGCCCGGGCCACCCGCCGUGGGCUCCACGAGUUGUCCCCGCCAUCCUUUGAAGAUGACCUUGCCCGCCCUGCCGAAGUCUCCAAGGCCAGCCCCAGAGCUCAGUCUCAGCAGGGUAUCCAUCGUCGGACCCCCUAUUCAACCUGUCCAGAGCCUGGGGACCCCUUUGGGUCCAUGGCCACUGCCACAGCACCUGCAGCCCUGGGGGGAGGCUGGGAGAGCAGCCUGCCUGCAUCCCGAAUGCACCGGACGCUGUCGGCCGGCCUGGGGCACUGGGACGGGGUUACCCAUGAGAUGCGUCGAAUGCUGGGCCACAGACCAGGGAGCACGGGGAAGGACUCCACACUGGUAUGAGCCCAGGGAUGAGGAAUAGAGACCUGGUGUAAGAAAAGGAUACCAUAGAGAUAGGUUCGGGUUCAGCUGCAGUACCAGUAGGACUUGAUUUUUCUCUCAUUUUAUUGCAUCCUUGGCUUUUGUCCUCAAGAUUGCCUCUUGGCACAAAAUAGUUGCCAGAGCUCCAGCCUUCACCUCCUUGUUCUGAGGGAAAGUCAGAGGCCAGCACUGGCUGGGUGUCUCCUGGAAGUCUUCCCAGAAAGCCUCGAAACCCUUCUUUUUAUAUCCCACUGGCCAGAACAGAGCGAAAUGGCCACACCUUUCUGCAGGGGAGGCUGGGAAAUGAGGCUGUCCAGAUGGAUGAGAUUCUGUUACUGGCAGAAGGGGAGCGGUGGGGGGGCGCUUAGGCAGUGAUUCUCUAAGUGUCUCCAUCCAUUUUACAGAUGAGGAAACCGAGGCCCCAAGAGAGGCAGUGACUCACCAGGGGGCCCACGGC